UUUCAUUCUCAAUUCGCAAUGGGGAACACAGUAGUAGCAGGAAGAAGGAUAACAAAGGUGAUGAACAUAGAUGGCAAAACCUUCGAGCUAAAGACACCGUUACGUGCCGGAGAUGUAACCAAGGAUUACCCUGGCCAUGUUCUCAUAGAAUCCGAAGCGGUAAAGAAUUUCGGAAUCCGAGCAGAGCCUUUGGAACCACAACAGGAAUUGAAGCCCAAACGAAUCUAUUUCCUUGUGGAGAUACCAAAGUUUCCACAUGAAGAGAAGAAGAAGAAUAGCCUUCACAGAAAGGUUCAACCAGGUGUUCAGAUUAAUGCCAAAGAGAAGAUAGAAAGCCUCAUGUUAAGCCGACGGUCUACGUCGGACUUGUCGUUCGUGAAGGAAAGGAAUCUUGUGCACGACGCAGGGAUGGUGAGGGUGAAAGUGAGAGUUCCCAAGUCGGAAGUGGCGAAGUUGAUGGAUGAGAGCCAUGAUGCGACGGAGGCGGCGGAGAAGAUUAUGGAUCUUUGUAUUAAUAAGAGUGGGCUCGCCGCUGCUGCAGAUAACUACGACGACGACGACGACGACGACAUGUACACGAAGAGUGGACCUCUCCUUGGCUUCGGCUAUAAUACCCAUGGGGAGGACGAUAGUUCGUACAGCAAGAGUGGACCUCUGCCACAACAGUCGCAGUGGAGACCCAAUCUGGAUCGCAUCAGUGAGGGUAGUAACAGGCCCCGUCGUCGUGCGAAAAAGGUGAGCUUCUUGGCCGUUAAGGAUGAAGAACUGGAGUAAAUGGGAAUCGUUACAAUGAGAUUUUUUUACUACGGAGGGUAAAAAAAAUAAAUAUAAAUUAGAGGGCAGUGGUAAUUUUCAAGCCCUACUUUUUGUUGUAC